GAAUUGGUUACGGAAUGGUCAUCAUUUCCGGUAUCGUGUGCAUCUACUACAACGUCAUUAUCGCUUGGAAUUUCUACUUCUUAUUCAGCACCAUCAAUACAGUUCUGCCAUGGACCUUGUGUGACCAGUCUUGGAACACCGCAGACUGUGCCGAGCACAGGAAUUUGUCCCAGUUUAGAACCGGAAAUCAGAGUUCACUAGCCAGUGCAGAAUUCUGGGAGCGAAAUGUCUUGGAAAUGACCGAUGGGAUCGAGAACUUUGGCACCGUCCGAUGGCCCCUGUUCGGCUGCCUCCUCCUCGCCUGGGUCAUUGUGUUCAUGUGUUUGUUCAAGGGGAUCAAAUCUUCAGGCAGAGUUGUUUACGUCACAGCCACCUUCCCUUACUUCGUCCUGGUCAUUCUUCUAAUCCGAGGCGUGACCCUGCCUGGCGCAAAUGAGGGCAUCAAAUUCUACGUCAUCCCCAAAUGGGAGAAACUGCAAGAUGUGAGGGUGUGGGGAGACGCCGCAGUUCAAAUCUUCUACUCCGUUGGGAUGGCUUGGGGGUCGCUCAUUACCAUGGCAAGCUAUAACAAGUUUGACCACAAUGUCUACAGGGAUGCUAUGGUAGUCCCGCUAGUCAACUGCGGCACGAGUAUCUUUGCCGGCUUCGUCAUCUUCUCCACACUAGGCUUCAUGUCCUACUCGUCCGGCACACCCAUAGAGACAGUUGUUGCUCAAGGUCCAGGACUCACGUUUGUUGCCUAUCCAGAAGCAGUUUCCUUGAUGCCUUUCUCGCACGUCUGGGCAGUUCUGUUCUUCCUGAUGAUAUUCACAGUUGGCGUAGACAGCCAGUUUGGGAUGUUUGAGACGAUCACCAGCGCUUUCAUCGACGAGUAUCCAGGCCUGCUUCGAAAACGCAAAGUGGCUUUCACCGCUUUGAUGUGUCUCGUGGAGUUUUUGCUCGGCGUUCCUUUAAUUUUCCAGGGAGGAAUCUACCUGCUGCAGAUCAUCGACUGGUACAGCGCCACCUUCUCGCUGAUGCUGAUCUCGGUGGUGGAAUGUGUUGUCAUCUCCUGGAUCUACGGGGUCCAAAGGUUUGUCAAAGACAUCGAGCUGAUGCUCGGCAAGCAGCCCUGCAUCGGCUGGCAGAUCAUGUGGAAAUAUGUCACCCCUACUCUUGUGCUGUUCACGUGGUGCUUCAGUAUCGGGACCCUGGAACCUGUCAGCAUUAAGUCGUACAAGUUCCCCAGGUGGGCCAUCUAUGUCGGUUGGGCCAUGGGUGCCUUGUCUCUACUUCCGCUUCCGGUUUCGGCAUUGUUUGGCCUACGAAGGGAGACAACUGGUACCGUAUGGCAGCGAGUGAAAAAACUGGCACAGCCGGCUUACAAUUGGGGCCCCUCUUUAGAAGAGGACAAAGUGAAAUACUUCCACUCCAUGAGCCAGUACGAUCGAGAGAGGUUUGAAUCUUCAUUCUUCAACAUGGAUCGAGAUCGGUAUAUGCUUCUGAGGGAUGUGGACAGUCAGGGCCGAACUGUUGGUCUUAAUUUUGAAGCUGGUUCCAAGAUAGAACCGGUUAAUGAUUAUAUUCUUCCGAUUGAAGCUGCGAAUUAUUUCCCAGUGUUGUUUCCUAAUGUUGAAUGUAACCGUUCCAAAGUAGAGAAGAGUGAGCUGGUCGAUGAGGAUCCGAAAAUAGAUGCAGUUUCGACUGACGACGAAUCGAAAUAG